CCAUGCAACAAUGCUAUAAAAUGCAGAAAACUAUCCUCAUACGAACUUGUGUUGAGUGUUUUGCAAUCCUAAAUUGUGUAGACUCAAUACUCGCAGGAUACGAGUCGCAUUCGCAACUUUGCAACCAAAGUAAAUAAUAAUUUCCGUUUAGCUGCAACUACACCUGAACUGCAUUAAUAUUUUUGUCAUAAGUGCCACUUGAACUUUGGUUGGCGGCUUACUGCCUAACGAACUCUAAUGAUAACAUUUAAUUGGCGAAGUUAUGAAAUCUGUGCGUGCGUGUGACAGUUAGGGUCUAAUUGUGAGUUCCAAGGAUGCUGCCCACGGCCGCCUCAGCAUGGCAUCCUUUUUAUAAUUUCCAAACUAAAUGUUCAACUCAAAGUUCAAGGGACAAUGCGAAACGAAAAACGAGAAAAAAAUCAUUUUAUGCUGCAGGGGUAACCAAACAAAGUGCAACUGAAAAUACGGGAUAUUUAGAGGAUUUUGUCAAGUGCGUCAUAGAACCCGAUGAUAACUUUAACUUACCCCGCAUUAGUGCUGCCUUGGAACGCCUAAUGGGCACAAAUGUGGUGCGUUUGACCGACCGCAAUUACAUGAAGGAGUUGCGUGAGCGCAUUGAAGAUGACUACCGGCAAAAUUUGCAAAAACGUAUCAAGGCCAGAGAGCUCAAAGAAGUUGAAAGGGAACGCAUUUUAAUAAUUGAGGGUAAAACUAAAGUUAUUCCCGAUGAAUUGGCCGAUGACCCGAUUUUUUUGGUUGACAAAAAAGCUGAUAUGGAAAUUUCCAAGGCAAGAGCAAAGGUUAAAACGAAUCGUGAAAAGAACUCCGAACGCUUAAAGUUACAAGGCGUCAAGUGGCAACGUGAACGUCGGCAGCACGAGGAUGAUGAGGCACAACAUCUGGAAGAACUGAAACAACGUUUUAAAGAGCAGCGAGAUAUGGAGCAUCAAGACACAGAAGAUGAUGCAACCAAGGGAAUGAACUCGCUAAGGAUACAUGAUGAUAAUGAUUGGCGUCCUUGCGAACAACGUUUGAGAGAGUUCGUGGAACAGGAACGUGCCAAGAUGAAAGAACGCUCGGAGCGAAUACCCACACCAUUCACUUCGGACCCAAAGGACAUGCAAAACAUUUUAAGGGCUAGAAAACGUUUCCAGGAAACUGAGCUACGUAUACGCAAGCACAUUGACGAGCAACGCAUUCAACAGGAAGGUGUACUGGCUGAACAGCAACAAAAGCUAACUCCUCUGACAGAGGUAGAAGAACAUACAUCACAGUUUGUCAGCAUCCCAUCUGAAGAUACCGAUGCCCCGGAAAUUAUGAAUGAUGAAGUUUCACCUCUAGACAAAAAUGUUGCCUCGGAUGAAGGUUCCGAUAUUUCAAGUGGUGAAUCGUUCGAUGAGGGCAGCACCAUCAGUGUGGCCAAACAGCGUUAUGCAAAUGAGAUAAAACAAGAAUUGGAAAAUGAUGUAGCCGAAGGAUUGCUAAUUUCCAAAGACCAAUAUGACAAUUUGCGCUAUGAAGAUGAAAAAAUAAUGCAACUCAGAAAUGCCCGGGAUAUUAGGGAACUGUAUCAACUAGCUGAGGAAAUCAUUAUAGGGGAACGCAUUGAAAGCUUUGGCGAUGGGGAACAGGAAGGCGAGGAAGGAGUUACAGCGGGUGCUUAAACUGAGCAAUGAACAAGGACUCGUAAAACUUCUAAAAUUAUAAAUCACAAAAUAUUUUAUUUCCUAUAGCCAUGCAACUGGCCAAAUAUAUUUUGGUUAUAUUUUGAAUGUCAUUUUAGUAGUUGUAAACGUUUCCUGCACCAAAUUCAAUCAUAAGUACUCUAGUUGUUGUGCGAUAUAUUUCUAAAUUUGCGUAAUGAAUGAAAAAUAUGUGAAAUAUGCGAAUGAAUAAAUAAUGGUAAUUGUUUUAAAUA